AUGGCGAAAAAAUUACCUGGCUCCACCUCAUCGGCCCCCAUCACGCACCGCUCCCUGCACGAGCUGUACCUCCGCUACGGCGGCGGCGGCGGCCUCCUCCUCCUGCAGCUCGGGCGCCGGCGGACGCUGGUGGUGUCCACGGCCGCGGCCGCCGCGGACCUGUUCGGGAACCACGACCUCGCCUUCGCCUCCCGCCCACGCAGCGUGGCGGCGGACAGGCUGAUGUACGGCUGCAGGAACGUGUCGUUCGCGCCGUACGGCGAGGACUGGCGCCGGAGCAAGAAGGCCGCCGUCGUCCACCUCCUCUCCCCGCGCCGCGUGGCGUCGUUCGCGCCCGUGCGCGCCGCCGAGGCGGCCGCGCUCGUCGCGCGGGCCCGACGCGCCGCCGAGGCCCGGGAGGCCGUGGAGCUGAGGGAGCUCCUGUACGGCUACACCAACGCGGUGGUCACCCGAGCGGCGACCGGCGCCGCGGGGGCGACGGUGGAGAGGCUGAAGCAGCUGAUUGGGAGUACCGCGCCGCUGGUGGCGGGCCUCCAGCCGGAGGACGUGCUGCCGGACGCGCCGGCGAGGUUCGUGAGGUGGGCGACGGGCCUGGACAAGAUGCUCGACGACAGGGCCGAGGCCUGGUAUAGGUUCCUGUCCGAGAUACUGGCCGCGCACCAGGAGAAGGGUGCCGGCAGUGCCGGGGAGGAGGAGGAUGAGGACUUCUUGGACGUCCUGCUUCGGCUGAGGCGGGAAAGCGCCGACGGGCUCGAGUUCACAGGUGAUCGCAUCAAAGCCAUGGUUAAGGACAUGAUCGCCGCCGGGACUGGAACAUCAUCGGAAACGCUGCAAUGGACCAUGGCAGAGCUCGUCGCCAACCCGCGGGUGAUGGCCAAGCUACAAGACGAGAUCGCGCGGGUCGCCGGCGCCGCCGCCGAUGAGGCUGCCAUCACGGAAGCGGACCUGAGCAAGAUGGAAUACCUGAAGGCAGUGUUCAAGGAGGUGCUCCGGCUCCACCCGCCGUCGCCGCUUCUGGUCCCACACGAGUCGACGACGCCCGCGGUGGUUCGCGGCUACGAGAUCCCGGCCAGGACCGUGCUCUUCGUCAACGUGUGGGCGAUCGGGCGGGACCCCACGGCGUGGGACGCGCCGGAGGAGUUCCGGCCGGAGCGGUUCGUGGGCGGCGGCCCGGCGGCGGACUUCAGGGGCACGGACUACCAGUUCAUCCCGUUCGGCGCCGGCCGGAGGAUGUGCCCCGGCAUCAACUUCGCGCUGCCGGUGGUGGAGCUCGCGCUCGCCAGCCUCCUGCGCCACUUCGACUGGGAGCUCUCCACCGGCAUGUGCCCGGCGGACGUCGACACGAGCGAGGCGCCGGGGCUGACGAUGCCGCCGCGGGUUCCACUUGUCCUAGUCCCCAGGUGCAAGACGCUCGCUCAGCCUGCGAAUUGAAGUAGGAAAUCGAUGUGCCUCCAACUCCAUUCCAGCAAAUCCCCUCCAUGGGAAUUGGAAACCGUGGUUUGUGUGUGAAGUUGCAGUGGUGGAUCAAUUAUACGAACCCACGCUCUAUAGUACGUGUGUUGUACUAUACAGUAUGAAUGUAGUAUAUGUGUAUGUGAAAACAAUU